AUGAAUAACUACUACUUGCUAUGUUUCGUAAUUAUAUAUUUGAAUUUGCUUGUGUGCAACCUUGCAAUUUGCAAAACCGUUUAUAGUAGUGAUAGUAGUAAAGAGCGUAAGCUGGUAUUAUUAAAAAGGAGAGAAACAAAUGCCUUAAAAUUCAAAUCAAUACAGAAAAAAAAUAAUACAAACAAACACAAUGUAAAAAAUAGUAACUUAUAUUUUUUAGGAACAAAUCUGUUUAUUACAUCAGCAUAUCAACCAAUUAAACUUCAUCAUAAUAUAUAUAAAAAGAUCAAUAACCAUGAUAAAAAAGUUAAAAAAAAUAUAAAAUGGAAAUAUAAAAUACUAAAAGCAACAGAUAAACAAUUAAAUAAUUUAAAAAAAAUUAAAAAUAUAGAUAACACUAUAUUAGGUAAUAAUUUUCAAGAUAAAGAAGAUGAAAUUAUAGAUCAAAUUCCAGAAAAGUUUUUAAAUGUUUUUAAAUGGGCUUUAGAAUUUAAAUUAAAAAAUUCCAAUAGUAAAUUUUCCAGAAUAAAUAAAUUAGCAAAAAAAAAUAAUGAACAGUUAAAAACUUUAGAUAAUUAUGCAAUAGGUUACAAAGAAAAUUUAUUAGCCAUGUUACAAAAUGAUAAAAAUUUUUUUGUAAAUAUCGUUAAAAAAUUAAAAUCAAAAGAUUAUUUUAAUUUUGAUAUUUAUUCUAUUUUUAAAUUUAUUAAUAUAGACAUAAGAUUUUUAUUCAACCCAGAUUGUCAUAACCAAUCCGCUGUUUUUUUUCUAAUUUUGGGAAACCUUGACAAAUCUAUUAAUUAUUUUAUCGAUAAUAAACACACAGUUAAUUUCGAUCAAAUGCCUAAGGAUUACGAUUCUGAUAAUCAAGAGAAUGGAAAAUCAAAAAUGACAAUAAUGGAAAGAAAAAAAUUACUUAGAACCCAAAAAAAAAUAGCUAAAGAGGAAAAGAGGAGGCUCUACAACCACCGCCUCUCUCACCCCGCCGAAGAGGACGUGGCACAGGCAGAGGCAGAAGUGGGAGAGGCAGAGGUGGCAGAGGCAGAAGUGACAGAGGCAGAAGUGACAGAGGCAGAGGCAGAAGUGGCAGAGGCAGAGACAGAAGUAGGGAAGGUAGCCGUGGGGGAGGUGGCCGUGGAAAAGACGUCGAGCGUAGAUGACAAAUUGGCAUUCUUUCUCAAGCACUACAAAGAACUGGAAUACUUUUUUACAACCCAUUUUAAAAGUGGAGAGGAGAUAAAAGAUUUUUUUGAAAGGUGCAAUAAAAAGGAAAAGAAAAUAAUAAAAGAGGAAAUAAGUUUUAAUUCAAAUGGAGACAAAAUUAUAAAUAAAAAAGAGAUAAUAAAAAAUGGUUUAAAUUUAGAAAUGAUAAAAAAAAUUAUUAAAACAUCUCCUAGAUUAUCAUUAAUAAAUAAAAAAACAUUAACUAAAAGAAUAGAUCAUUAUAAAAAUGAAAUAAAUUAUAAUUAUAAUGAACUUAUGGAUAUAUUAUAUAAUUUACCUCAAUUUUAUUCUUUUGGAAAUUUAAAAAAAAAAUACAAAGAAUUAUUAUAUUUACAUGAAUCAAUAAAAGAAGAUGAUUUAAAAAAACUUAUAAAAAUAUAUCCUAGAAUAUUUACAUAUAACAUUUAUAGAACUAUAAGACCAAAAUUAUUAUAUCUAAUUAGACAUCUAAAUAAAUCUUUUACAGAUUCUAUUUCUUUUCCACAAUAUUAUAGUUAUAGCUUUCGACUAAGAAUAAUACCAAGACAUGUUGCAUAUAUGAAUUUGUAUUAUGAAAAUUAUAUUAAAUAUUAUCAUGAAUUGUUAAGAAAAUAUAACUAUGCUGAUUUAAAUAAUAAAUUUAAUAAUUUAGUUUAUAAUUCUAAUAUACCUCCAAUCAAUUUAAAAAAAUUAUUACAAACAUCUAAUAAAGAAUUUAUUGAAUAUUACAAAAUACCAUAUGAUCAAUUUGUCAGAUCUACACAACUAGCCAAGCAUAUACAAAACCCAUUUAUUAUCUAUUAG